AUGAGAAAACAUUCGGGGAAUAGGAUAUCUUUUGGGGUUUUUGCCGAUCAUGUGCACCUCUUUGAGUCUUUUUAGGUGAUCCAUUCCUUUCGUCUCCUGAAUCAUGGUACCUCUACCGAUGCAUGUCUGGAGAAGUUGCCAUGAAUAGUUUUGGAGAGAGGCCACAGACAUGGAGUGGAGACUCUGUCUCUACUCCAUCAGAACUAGCUUACGGCAGGGAUGGCUCUUGGAAGGACCUAGGAACAUCGAUGAGCGCGAUCUCAUUCGGUUUAGCUGCAACCGCAAUCCUGAUCUCCAUGUUCCUCGUCAUGGCGAUAUUUGAGCAUCUGAUCAAGCCAAGGGCAUCUCUUCUAAGUUCUCGGCACAGUGCAACAGAAUCCUCAGAGAUGAGCCAACCACAUGCUCAGGUUCACUUGCAGAAGUUUCAGCAUCCGGUAGCAGUUGGAACUCAGUACACAGCUGAUUUCUCUGUGUUAAUGCCGGGCCAGCAGUAUCCUACCUUCAUUGCUCAACCUGCUCCUCUUCCUUGCCCAAGAGAAGGGAUUCAAUGGCCACCCCAUGAUCCUCACAUAUCCUUCAUGUAAAUACAGGUUUUGUCUGUAAUGGAAUCUGCUCUCUUGGAUGCAAUUAAACUUUUCUUUCAGGCCAAACAAUAAAAGGAAGGCUUGUUUAUAUCA